CAGUCAUUAAACAGAUCUCAAUUAGGAAUUUCUCCCAAGUAAACACAUUUUCAAAGCCCUUGCUUUCUCUCUCUAAAGGUUCUUCACUGUCUCUGUCUCUCUCUAAAUGCAAACCCUAGCUCUUAUCUUUUAAGGGGUUUUGAUAUUAAUAAUAAAAAAUCGAAUAACCCUCUUUAUGUUCGGAGUAGAAUUUCGAUAAUCAAACUGGGUUUUUUGUUUAACAAAAAACAAUAGUGUGGAAAGUGAGAAAGUGUUUUUCUUUUCUUCUUUUUUUAAGUAUUUUGAAACAGAGAGCAAUGGUAAGUGGGGAGAGAAUCGAAGCAGAUAUCUCAUCGCCAGUGAAGAAGACAAUACAGUCAAUCAAGGAAAUAGUCGGCAAUCACUCUGAUGAUGAUAUCUAUGUUGCCUUGAAAGAGGCCAACAUGGAUCCUAAUGAAACUGCCCAGAAAUUGCUUCAUCAAGACACCUUUCAUGUGGUAAGAAGAAAAAGAGAUCGGAAGAAAGAGGGCAUUGGGUACAAAGGUUCCAUGGAUCCAAGAAAACGUUCUGAGAAUGUUGGUCCAGGGAUGAAAUUUCGUACAUAUUCUGAACGUAGUUCUCGAAGAGGAGGCUAUACUCGGAAUUCUUUGCCUGAUGCAGGAGUCAACAGAGAGUUUCGUGUUGUUAGGGACAACAGAAUUAACCAAAAUGCAAAUAAAGACAUGAAUCCUCCUUUCUCACAAUGCUCAACUUCUGCAACUGAGCAAGUUCCUGUGAAUGUUGGUGAAAAGGGUUCAACUGGAAUACCGAGCAAUCAGAGACCCUUUAGUUCUCGGAGUUCAUCCCAAACUUCUAAUGCACCAUCCAGUUCACAACUGAGACAUGCUUGGGAUGCUAAUUCAAGUGCUAUUGAUAGGAAAGAAAUAUCAGAGGAAAAGCAAACUUUUGUUCGUAAUGCUGUUUCACGGUCACUGGCAGUGAAGCCCAAUAAUAGUCAAGCGCAUUCUGCCGCUCAAUCAUCAAGCAACUCGGUUGUUGGGGUUUAUUCGUCCUCUACAGAUCCUGUUCAUGUGCCUUCUCCCGAUUCCAGAUCAUCUGGUGCUGUUGGAGCUAUCAAGCGUGAAGUUGGGGUUGUGGGUGUUCGCCGUCAGCCUUCUGAAAAUGCUGUUAAAGGUUCAUCUGGAGCAAGUGGUUCUCUCUCCAAUUCAUAUGUAGGGAGAGACACUUCAUCAGAGGCAUUUCAACAGUUUCCUGCAAUUUCUAGGGCAGACCAGCCAAGCCAUACUAGUGUAGCUGAAUCUGUCAUGCCUGGGAUUUCUGGAAGCAGGUCAUUCGUGAGCAAUCAGUAUGGGGCCAAGCAACAUCAACAAGUUUCAGGUCAUCAAAAAGCUAACCAACAUAAUAAAGAGUGGAAACCAAAAUCAAACCAAAAGUCAAGUGUUAAUAAUCCUGGAGUUUUUGGAACACCAAAGAAGUUUUCUUCACCUCCUGCUGAUGGUGCCAAGGACUUGGAUUUAGAAACAGCUAAAUUGCAAGAUAAGUUUUCUCAAGUAAAUAUCCAUGAAAAUGAGAAUGUUAUCAUAGCACAGCAUAUCCGAGUCCUGGAGAAUGAUUGCCAUCAACUAACUUUUGGCAGCUUUGGAGUGGAAUUUGAUUCUUCAAGGAAUUUUGUGCCAGGUUUUCAAGCCACUGGUGUUGCAGAAGAUUCCAAUGGGAAAUCUGCUUCAAGUAUGUCUGUGUCUGCUCCCGAUACUGCCAGUGAUGGUGCUGCUGGUUACAAGCCCAUUGACAUUUUAGAUGAUCAACUUAGAAAUUCUGGAUCUGAUUCUCCACCCUCUGGUACUACAUCUGACCAUCAACUGCAUGAUAAGGAAGAUACUUUAAGUCCCCAGAAUAUGGAUAGUUAUGGCGAUAUUGGAAUUGUCCAGGACAACAGUCCAUCCUAUACUCCUUCGGAGUCACAACAGCAGCAAGAACCUCCUGAGUUGCCUAGUUUUUCGCAGGCGUAUGACCCCCAAACUGGUUAUGAUUUACCAUAUUUCAGACCCCCAAUAGAUGAAACUGUGAGAUUACAGGGUCUACUAUCCCCUCAGGAGGCCUUAAGCAUGCAUGCUGCCAACAUCCCAGCAUCAACAAUACCAAUGGUGCCACAGCAACAACCACCAAUGGCACAGAUGUAUCCUCAAGUUCACAUGUCCCAUUUUGCUAAUCUUAUGCCAUAUCGUCAGUUUGUCUCCCCGGUUUAUCUACCACAGAUGGCAAUGCCAGGUUAUUCCAGUAACCCUGCUUAUCCGCACCCAUCAAAUGGUAGCAGCUAUUUGCUGAUGCCAGGAGGCAGUUCUCAUCUUAAUGCAAAUGGCCUUAAGUAUGGGAUUCAGCAGUUCAAGCCAGUUCCUGCUGGUAGUCCUACUGGGUUUGGAAAUUUUACCACUCCAUCUGGGUAUGCAAUCAACGCUUCUGGUGUAGUUGGGAAUGCAGCAGUUCUUGAAGAUUCAUCUCGGAUCAAAUAUAAAGAUGGCAAUAUCUAUGUUCCAAAUCAACAGGCUGAUACAUCAGAUCUCUGGAUUCAAAACCCGAGGGAGCUACCGGGCUUGCUAUCUGCUCCAUACUACAAUAUGCCACAAACACCUCAUGGUUAUAUGCCUUCUCACACAAGCCACGCUUCUUUUAAUGCUGCUGCAGUCCAAUCUUCUCACAUGCAAUUCUCAGGGUUGUAUCAUCCUUCACAGCCUGCUGCAAUGGCAAACCCACAUCAUCUAGGCCCUGCUAUGGGUGCUAAUGUUGGUGUUGGGGUUGCCCCAGCCGCUCCUGGGGCUCAAGUAGGCGCUUACCAACAGCCUCAGUUGGCUAAUCUUAGCUGGACGACAAACUUCUGAAAACUAACCCUUUAUCUGGCAAGGGAGUGAAGUAGCCAUAGAAAGUUUAAGAGUUUUCUUUGUGCAAUAACCCACAAUCCUUUUUAAUUCAAUGCAUAAUUGGUGUUUAAUC